CUCCAUCAGUGUUUUAGCCAAGCAUGACACCUUCCGGCGCCAGAAACAGGAGAUGUAUUUCCUGCCUAUAAUUGUGACUGACAAUGGAAAUCCUCCAAUGAGCAGCACUAACACGUUGACCAUCCGGGUGUGUGGAUGCAGCAGGGAGGGAAUAGUCCAGUCAUGCAACGUUGAGGCCUAUGUCCUACCCAUUGGCCUCAGCAUGGGAGCUUUGAUUGCCAUUCUGGCCUGCAUAAUACUACUUUUAGUUAUAGUGGUGCUGUUUGUGACGCUCAGAAGACACAAGAACAAGCCACUUAUCAUCAAAGAUGACGAAGAUGUGAGGGAGAACAUCAUCCGCUAUGACGAUGAGGGGGGUGGAGAAGAAGACACUGAGGCCUUCGACAUUGCCACACUGCAGAACCCUGAUGGAAUCAAUGGCUACCUGCCCCGCAAGGAUAUCAAGCCGGACCUGCAGUUCAUGCCAAGGCAGAGUAGUGGCCCUAACGGUGUGGACGUGGAUGAGUUCAUCAAUGUCAGACUCCAUGAGGCGGACAACGAUCCCACAGCCCCUCCCUACGACUCCAUUCAGAUCUAUGGCUAUGAGGGCCGGGGCUCCAUUGCUGGGUCUCUGAGCUCCCUCGAGACUGCGUCCUCAGACUCAGACCAGAACUAUGACUACCUCAGAGAGUGGGGUCCGCGUUUCAGAAGACUUGGGGAACUCUACUCAGUGGGUGAAAGUGAUAAGGAGACUUGACCUUUGAUCUGUAGAGACCCUUUGAUUUUGUCCACAUACUUGUGUAUUAUGCUAGGGUUUGCCGGCUUUUAGAAACAGCUGUUUAAAAAAGGGGGCCACCUUUCGUACUCUUAGAUUGAAGUAUAACGUUCAUCAUCUAUCACAUCAAGCGCUUUGUAUUGUUGAGCCAAACUUAACAAUGUCUAUAUUAGGAGGUCUAUGAUUCUUGUGGAGUGUAACUUAGAUUCUGUCGUGGAGUGUCUAGCAGUAUUUUGGGUAUUUGUCAUUUGCUGUGACUGACAGAAGCAUAAAGACCUGGAUUAUUGGUAGUUGCCUGAUGAAAGAAGAGAGAGGGAUUGUGUGAUCUACAGCCUUCCUGGACAACGUGGAGAUUCAACCACAGAACAAUGGCACUACUGAGUGGCCCUCAUCUCAGAUCUCUACCCACCACCCAGCUAAUCAAAGAUAAAAUAGGAAACUAAAAGAGAAAGCAAUAUUUGAUCGACAUUACAAUGUUGAAUGUAUGUAUGAUUUGAAAAAGCGAAAUGAGAACCACUACAAUAUUGGCUUCAAAAUUAAUUAGUUUAGAUAUCAUUUGAUACCAGGUGGCCACAUUUAUAAACUGUCUGAGCCAGACGGCUUGCUUUAUACAACUAUUUGUAUUUACACGCUCCAAGUGUGGUUUGCAAAUAUUAUUAGCCUAUAAAAGACUAAAGCGAAAGACAAAAAAAGAGAAAUGUAGAAACUUUGAGGCCUUCUUUUUACAGAAGCAAGCAUUAAAUACAAUUGUAUUCACAUGUUUUUUGAAAAUGAUCGUGUUGAUUCCUCAUUAUCGUUGUAUGAUUUGUUUUAGUUUUAUAUAUCUGUUCUUAUUUGCGUUUGUUUCUGUGCUACAGGUUAUAAGUGAGUGAGAGUUUAGAAUGAUCCCUUUUCUCAACUGUUCUUUCCACCACUGAAGCUAUUUCAUCACAGCUGAACUUGUUGUUUGGAUAUUGCUGUUAAUAUAGUAUACAGAGAACACAAAUUACUGUAUAGUAAAAUAUUGGACGGAAAGGGAACUUUUACAUAUACAAUUAAUGUAUACUGUUUAUCAUUAUUCUGUAUACAGAGUUACCAGUAACCAUAUAAGCACAAUAGCUGGGAUAAUUUAAUUGAUGUGAAUAUUCGACCCCUCAAUUUUAUUUAGGACCCACGGGUAAACAAAACCCAUAAAAAUAAAAUACAGACUCUUGCAUAUUGUGCUACACUGUAUGAUAUUAUACAAAAAAUACAUGUACAUAGAGUUACUGAUAAUGUCCUCAACUUUCAUUGAGGUGGUAGGUUUUGUCUAUGCACGUUAGCUCUUGCACAUGAGAAUCUAAAAUGGCACUACAGCUGCGUGCAUACUCAAUUUGUACUGAUACAGUAUAUGGCAGUUCUCAGUAGACUUCAUAAUAUAUAUGAAAUAGUCUUACAUGCAGAUCAUAUUUUCUACUGUGCUUUAACGCUUAUAAAUGUGUAUGUUUAAUUAUUUACUCCCUGUAAUGUAAUCUAAGAUACCCUGUAUU